AUGUCGAGUUAUGAAUCUUACUCACCUGAUCUAUAUGCUUCAAGGCUAACGGAUCCAAAAAUAAAUUUCAAAACAAAAUUGUUAAUUGCUACAAAUUUGAGGGAUUCUAUUGAAAUGUAUCAAAAUUCAGAUUAUCCUCGUUUUUUACAUUAUUUAAUGCCAGUUUUAAAUAAUACGCUUCAAAAUGAACCACCGGUAUUUGACAGCAACUCAGAAGAACAAAAAUUACGCAACAUUUACUUAGAAAUUUUACAUAGAUUACCACAAAAUGAUUCACUUAGGCCCUUUGCGCCCGAUUUAUUGAAACUUGUAAUGAAUUUAUUAAAAAAAGAAAAUGAAGAUAAUGCUGUAAUAUGUUUGAAAAUAAUUAUAGAUUUACAUAGAGGUUAUAAACCUUUACUUGAAGAUCAGGUUCAACCAUUUUUAGAUAUUGUAAAAUUAAUGUAUGAAAAUAUGGAACAAACAGUAAGAGAUGCCUUUGACACUCCUGGAACUGCUGCUGCGACACCUAGUGCCAGUACGCCAGUGCAAUCAUCUGCACCUAUUCCACCGUCACCGCGUCCUUCAUCACCGGUACCAGAUGUAACAACACAUGAACCUACUCCAAAUAAAGUACUAGCUGAUAGUUUACACAGUUUCAAAGUUUUAACAGAAUGUCCUAUUAUUGUUGUUCUAAUUUUUCAAUCACAUCGUAAUGUAGUAAAUGGUAACAUCCUAAACUUCCUACCACUUAUUAUAAGGACAUUAAGUCUUCAGCCUCGACCACAAUCUGAGGCACAUGAAUCAGCAAAAGCUAGAGGGGAGAUUUUUAUUGGUGUUGCUCCAGGGAUAAGAGAUAGAGUGAAAUAUACUGAAUUUAUCGUUGCUCAAGUUAAAACAUUAGCCUUUUUAGCAUACGUUUUAAGAGCUUAUACAACAGAAUUAUCUAAUUACCAAGAUCAAGUUCCAGAAUUUAUUAUUCGUCUUCUUCAUGAUUGUCCUGCAGAGGCAUCAUCUACCAGAAAAGAACUUUUGGUAGCUACUCGACACAUCCUUUCAACAGAGUUUCGUAAUGGUUUUAUCAAUAAACUAGAUAUUCUUUUAAAUGAAAAAGUACUUAUUGGUACUGGUGUAACAGCUUAUGAUACAUUAAGACCUUUAGCAUAUAGCAUGUUGGCAGAUUUACUUCAUCAUAUCAAAGAUAAACUUACACUUCAACAACUUUCAAAAAUUGUGUAUAUAUAUUCAUGCAUUUUGCAUGACCCAACUUUCACACCAAAUAUUCAUACAAUGUGUGCAAAAUUACUGAUACAUUUAAUAGAAUCUAUUUUAAGUAAUUCUCUUAAAGAUGAAAAUUUCGAUGUUCGAGAUAUACUUAUUAAAACUUUAGAUACUUUUGCAAAUAAAUUUGAGAAUUUAAGCAUUUUAUUUCCUACUAUUCUUCGCCAGACUCUUGUAGCGGGAAUUAAGCCCCUCAUUCAUUGGUUAAAACAACGUAACAAUAACAUUAACAUGCAAAAAAGUAAUUCUUUAACAUCUGGAUUUACUCAAGAACAAGUUGAAAUCUUUAUUCAACUGUUUAGAGAGGGGAUUCGUUGUUUUGACUAUUUUAAUGUCGACAAUUUUGAUAAUGUGACACAAGCAAAACUUACUGAAGGAUUGUUAUCAAUUGAAACAGCAAAUAAAAUUACUAAACUGGAAAAAGAGGCAUUGGAUCAUUUUGGAUUAGCGUUUGUUAUUGUUGAACCAAUAAUAUUUCAAGAGAUUUUUUCAUCACAAAUGGAAUUUUUUUUUGAACAGAUGUUACAAAACCCUUCUUUGCAUCAAAUUCCUCAUUAUUUUUUAACAGCUUCUGAUAUUAUUAUAUCUCAUAGUUUCUCUGGAAUUCUAUUGAGAUUUUUAGUGGAUAGGUUAGACAAACUUGGAGCAGAAGAUAUAAUAUACUCUUCAGUUAUGCUUAAAUUAUUUAAAUCAAUUUUUCAGCCGCUCACUCAGCUUCCUAGCCAUAAUGAAGCAAUUCUUCAACCACACGUUGCAAAUAUCAUUACAUCAUCUAUGAAACUUUCCACAAAGGCCAAAAAACCAAUUAAUUAUUUUAUUCUUUUAAAAACCCUUUUUAGGUGCCUCGCAGCUGGUAAAUAUGAAAAUUUGUACAGAGAAGUCACUCCAUUAUUACCAAUGUUACUAGAGGGAUUAAACAAUUUCUUAACAUUAACACAAAUGCAACAAAUGCAAAAUUUGUUUGUUGAGCUUUGUCUUACAGUUCCUGUUCGUUUGAGCUCACUCCUCCCAUAUCUUAAUUAUUUGAUGAAGCCCCUUGUUUUAGCAUUACAGGCGGGACCAGAUUUAGUUAGUCAAGGACUUCGUACUUUAGAACUUUGUAUUGAUAAUUUGACUCCAGAUUUCUUAGAUCCUAUAUUAGCACCAGUAAUUGAUGAAUUGAUGAAUGCACUUUGGAGGCAUCUUAAACCACCACCUUAUGAUCAGAAAUAUAGCUACUCAGCCAUGCAAAUAUUAGGGAAACUUGGAGGUCGAAAUCGUCGUACUUUAAAAGAUCCACCAAAACUCAACGCCAAUUACUCUUUAUUAAGCACUAUUGAUCUGCAGAUUUUUUUCAGUUCAAAUUCUGCUGCAUAUUCAAUGCAAUUAAAUGAUUGUCUAAAACUUGCUGGAGAUAUUUUACAAGACCCUGACUCUUCUAGCUUUUACAAAAAACAUGCAUAUAAAUUUAUUGUUUCAUUAAUUCCACUUUUUUUCGAUUUAGAUGAAGGCAGUGAAGAUCUAGGAAAAUUAAUUAGAACACAACUACAGAAAGAAAUUUUUCCUAUCAUUAAUAAAGAAUCAAUAGUAAUCGACAAAAGCUCGGGUGAUGAUAAAAUGGAUCUAGAUAUAGAAACACCUAGAGAUAGUCAAAAUUUAUCAAGUCAGCAAUUAAUUAAAAGUAAAAUCAACAAAGAUGGGCACAAGAAUAUUUUAAGAAAGAAAGCCAUACAAGAGGAAACAUUGAAAAAUGUUUUAUGUGCUUUAUUUGUUGCUUCAUCUUUGCCUGAGCUUAAAGAAAAUUCUUGGCCAUUCUUACAAAAUAUUUGCCGACAUUUUGCACUUUUGGAGAUUGGUGAACUAAUUGAAUUUAAUAAAGCAAAAAAAGAAAGACUUAAUUUUGAUGUUGAUGAUAAAAGAUACAGUUUUGAGACUAAGGCAAUGUUAGAAGCUUUAAUCGAAACUAUCACAUCUGAAAAUCUUAAAUUACGUAGUUUGGCAAGUUCAGCUCUGACAACUAUUUAUGAAACUUGUUUAUUAAUUUCUGGAUCAAAACAAAUAAUUAGUUAUUGUCCUUUUUUCUUUUUCCUGGCUUCAAGAUUUUGUUCAUGUUGUUAUCAACAGGAAUGGUUUUAUAAAAGUGGCGGUUGUUUAGGCAUAUCUAUAAUUAGCUCUCAACUUGACAUGGGUACUAAAUGGAUGUUGGACCAUGAAAUUGAAUUUGUUAAAGCUCUCCUUUUUGUAUUGAAGCAUAUUUCUCCUGAAUUUGCAGCUGGGAGUGUUGAUGAUGCACCACAAAUCCUCUUACGUGUCAUUGAGAUUUGUAACAAACAGCAAGAUUCACAGUCAUUGAUUGAUGACGAUAUCGAAAUGCAAAAUUCUAAUGAAUUCACAGAUAAAAAAAAUAAGUUUGAUAAGCUUAUAAUCACAUUAACUUCAGAAUUAUGCAAUGUAAAUGAGUCUGUAAGGGAAACAAUACAUUCAGCAUUUAAACUUUUAAGUGAAUUGACUCAAAAAACUAUUUCCAGUUUACUUUCUCAAGCUAAAGACAUAUUAAUAAAUUUAAUUUUUGGACAACCUCUUAGAGCUUUACCAGUUUCAAUGCAAAUAGGCCGUAUUGAUGCUAUUACCUAUUGUUUAACUUUGCAACCACACUUCAUAACUUCUCAACAUUACGAAGAUCUCACAAGGAUACUUGGCGAGGUGGUUAUUUUAAUUGAUGUUGAAGAUGAUCAGGCUUUAAUGAAUCCAGCAAUGACUUUGCCUGAUGAAUUAUUUUCUGGGAAUAAUCCAAAUGUUACUAGGCCACGUAUUAUUGGUAUUUUUUUCAAAACAUUACACAUGAAUGUUCCAGAAAUUAUUGAAGUAGGAACGAAGGCUCUUCAACAAGUUAUUCAACAACAACACAAAUUGUCUAAAGAUCUUUUACAAUUAGGGGUUAGACCAAUUCUAAUUAAUUUUUCAGAUCCUAAAAAAUUAACAGUAUCUGCAUUAGAUUGUUUAGCAAGAUUACUGGAAUUGCUUAAAAGUUAUUUUAAGCCAGAAAUUGGUAAAAAAUUGUUGGACCAUCUCCAACAAUGGGCUGAUUCAAGUUUUUUGCCAUCUACCGCAGGAAAGCCGCUCACUGAGAAUGAAACCAUUAAAAUCAUUGUUGCAAUAUUAAACAUAUUCCAUCUAUUACCUUCAUCUGCAAAUGAUUUUAUGGAUAGUUUGGUGCCUAUGGUUUUAAAUUUAGAAGAAAAAUCAUGUCGCUCUAUAUCGAGUCCUUUUCGUUUACCUCUUACAAAAUUUUUAAAUAGAUACCCCACAGAAUCUGUAGAGUAUUUUUAUAAUAAUAUUAAGAAUGAUAAGUAUAGUCAAUUAUUCAUUAAUGUAUUGGGUACUGAGGAAGCACCAAAACUUAGAGAAGAGAUAAAAAAUAACCCAGUAACACUGAUUGAAAAGAUUUCAAGUAUUCACCAUUCAGACGUAAGCAAUCAUGUUGAUACUUUAGUCAAAGCAAUUUUGAUCAUUCGACAGAUUACCAAGUUUGAUCAUAAAUGGCUAUCAGAACCUUCAUCAACUCCUGUUCUGACAUUUUUAAAAGAAGCUUGGAGGGAUCAAGGUCGCACGGAUAGAUUAAAAAAUGAAAGCAGCUUAAAUUUGAAACAAAUACACGAAUCUAAAUAUUUAAUAGAGAUUUUCUGUAUUUAUUUAAAAGAAAAACCAGAAGACAUUGAUUUGCUCUUUGAAUUUGUUUCUAUUUUCUCCAACAAAAAUAUUAUUGAUUAUACGUUUUUAAAAAAAUUUUAUCAUGAAGAAGUUGCCAAAAAGUAUCCAGUUGAACAAAAGCGAGCAAUUCUCAACAAGUUUCUCGACACAUUUUCUGAUCCAAAUAUUUUACCUAGCAUUAAAACACUAUCAUUAAAGAUUAUAGUCACACCAAUGUUAUUAUAUGAUUUUGCUAAACACUGCGAGUCAAGCAACUCGAGCUCACUUAUAUCUAAUAUUGAUCAAGAGCAUGAAAAAAUCAUUGACACUACUCAAAUGGACAAAAUUCAAUCUCUAUGGCAUUAUCUGGCGGAUAAUCAUGAUGAAAUAGAAGAUUCUUUACGCAUAGAAGUUCUUCAAUUUUCAACAGUUAUUGUUAAAAGUGUACCAAACCUCAUAACUACACGUAGUUCACUUAUUAAAUUUGGAUGGAAUUGGUCAAGAGUUGAUGAUAUCACAGCAAAACAUUCAGCGUUUGUGUUUUUAGCUGCAUGUUUUGCAGAAUUUGAUCAGGUCAGUUUAAGAAUGCUAUUUCAAUCUUAUACAGCACUCUUAAAGGCUCAUCAAGUAGAGGCAAGGGCGUUGGUAAAACAAGCAUUGGAUAUGCUUGCACCGAAAUUUAUUUCACCUCAGUCACAGUCAUUUGAUGAAUCCAAGAAAGAUUCAAAAAAGAAACCACCGCCGAAUUGGAUUGUAUAUACAAAAAGAAUUCUUUUGGAAGACGGAUAUGGUUUGACUCAACUAAUUAAUGUAUAUCAAUUGCUUGUUAGGCACCCUGACUUAUUUUAUGAAUACAGAGAGCAUUUUAUGCCGCAAAUUGCUAACACAUUAACCAGAUUAGGUUUACUGCAAAAUGCAACAUCUGAAACUAGACUAUUAACGAUAGAUCUUUCUGAGCUGAUUCUCAAAUGGGAACGCUGUCGUCUCAAUGAAAAUAGUACCAAUGAACAAAACAGUAGCAGUGCAGCAUCUACCCCUAUUGCAAGUCCUGGAAAACGACGUUUGGAGUCAGAAACUGAGUUUUCACCAAGAAAACGACAAAUUCUAGAAUAUGGAUUUUCAGAAUCAAAAAAUUUGUCUGAAUGCAAUUCAAAAUACAUUCCCAAUAAUUAUUUGCGUGAAAAUGUUGUCAAUUAUCUUAUCAAAUUUGUGUGUGCUUCCAAUGAUCCUAUUAGUAAAAAUAUAUUAACACACAGGGCUCUUGAUCUAAUUAAGGAAUUUUUGCAACCUGAUUUCUGGCCUGAAGUCAAUGUGAAAUUGAAUCCCUUUGAACGUGCAUUGAAAUUUAAUGAAUUUGGCGGCAAUAAUAUAGAUUGUAUUUGUAAUAACUUGGAAGCUUUAAAUGUUAUUUUGGAAAAGAAAUCUUCAGAAUAUUGUCUUACAAAUUUAAUCCAUCUACAACCAUUACUUGAACGUAGUAUUACAAGCAAUAUUAUGCGUAUUCAAAAAUGUCUUAAUCCCGUUUUAAUUCACAUAUAUAAUGCUAUAACUCCGCCUUCUCCCACAGCAAAUGUUUUUACACCAGGUGCAGAAAUAGAAUCUUUUAUUCAGUUAGUUAAUAACACAAUACAAGAAUCUAUUCAAAAUUCAAAUAAUUUAUAUCAAGCAAUGAUGUUGCUAAAAGCUGUCAGUUGCACUAUACCAAAAAGUAUUGAUCCUUUUCUAACUGGAAUAAUUAAUUCUAUACAAACACUUACAAAUGGAAUAAUUCCACAAGAAACAAAUCCACAAGAAACGAGUCCUAUGAAUAGCAACAAUAAAUUGGUGACCAAUCAACAAUCAUCAGACACUAAUGUCGAUGUACUUAUAAUUGCAUUAAAUUUGGCCAAUUUAAGAAUUGAAGAACUCAAUGAAAUGAGACAAAGUUUUAUAACAUUUCUUUCACAAUUAAUUGAAAAUUCAAAAAAUAUUGAGCUAGCAAAGACUAUUUUUAACAUGGUGAAACAAUGGAUAUUAUGCAAAGAACCAUUACCUACUAUGGAAGAAAAGGCAAAAUUACUGAUUAGUAUGUUGUGCUAUGAAAAAUUGGAUGAUAGGAGUUUGAUUGAAAAUAUAUUAGAAUUUGCUAUUAAGAUAUAUAAUGAUCCUUUAUUUUCAAGGAGUGAAUUGACAGUUAGAUUGGAAAAGGCAUUUUUAAUGGGAACUUGCUAUAAUAAUUCUAAAAUUCGUAAUCAAUUUAUGGAGAUCUUUGAUCAUAGUUUGUCAAAAGCUUUAUCACCACGGCUUUAUUAUAUUCUUGGUGAGCAAAACUGGGAAUUUAUUAGUGAUUAUUUUUGGAUACAUCAGGCUUUAGAUCUUUUAAUUGGCGCUAUUUCUCAUAAAAAAAAUAUUCAAAUGACACAUAAUAUACAAAUCAAGUCGAUUGCAACACUGGGUGAUUUAUCAUCUUUUUCUGAUUCUUUAGAAAACACUGAUCAAGAAUUUGAGGAUUUUUUGCAAAAACACAGGGAAUUUUUAUUUGAAGUUAAAAAGUUACGUGUUGGAGAUAUAUUAUCACCUUUAAAACAACUUCAUCAAUUAGACAAUAAAAUAGCAUAUAAUUUAUGGGUACAUCUUUUCCCAAUUUGUUGGUCAAAUAUAAAUAAUAAAGAAAGACAAGAUUUAACCAAUAAAUUAGUAAAGCUUUUGUCAGAAGAUUAUCAUGAGGUUCAAAAAAAUUCUCAACCAAAUUGUAUACAAGCAUUAUUAGAUGGAAUAUCACAUUGUUCACCUGUUUUGAAAUUGCCACCACAUUUAAUCAAAUAUCUUGGUAAAUUACAUGGGGCCUGGCAUAUCGCAAUGGCAAUUUUGCAAAAUGCAUCAUCUGAAAGGGAUAAAAAUGAUGAGAAAUACAAAGAACUUACUAUAGACGCUUUAGCUGAUCUUUAUUCCAGUUUAUCAGAGGAUGACAUGUAUUAUGGUUUAUGGAAGAGACAUUGUAAAUAUCUUGAUACCAAUAUUGCCAUUUCAUAUGAACAAAGUGGAAAUUUGUUACAAGCUCAGAUAGAGUAUGAAAAUGCAUUACAUAAAUCAAAAAUUUCAGGAUCAGCAUGUUCUGAAUCAGAAAGCAUAUUAUGGGAAGACCGCUGGAUAUCAUCCGCAAAAAAACUGCAACAAUGGAAUAUUCUUUAUGAUUUAGCAAAGAAUGAAAAUAGUAAAGAUUUAUUAUUAGAUUGUGCAUUUCAUUUAGCAGAUUGGGCAAAUGAAAAAGAAUUAAGUGAACAAAUUUCUUAUUUAUCAUCAUUUGAAUUAUCCAAAAGUCCACAGUAUAAAAUGUUUGAAUCGUUUGUAGCUUUAAUGAGAUCAAGUCAUACUAAUAAUUUUGAUGAAUAUAAAAAGCUUAUCAGAGAAGCAAAUCAAUUAACACUACAGAAAUGGUGCACACUUCCAAAAAUCGUGUCAGAAAGUCAUAUAUCGUUAUUGCAUUCAUUUCAACUUAUGGUGGAAUUUGACGAAGCAACUAAAAUAUUCUCCAAUUUAUCAAAUUAUAUUCAAAGUUUAGAUAAUCAAAAUGAAAUUAGAAAUGUCCUUUCAAGUUGGAGAGAAAGAUUACCAAACAUGUGGGAUGAUAUUAACAUUUGGAGUGACAUUGUUGCUUUUAGAAAACACAUUUUUAAUGUCAUUAGUAAAUCAUUUGAACAGUUUCAAAAUUUACAAAUAAAUUCUAAUCAUCGUGGACAUCAUGAAACUGCAUGGAUUAUCAACCGAUUUGCACAUGUUGCAAGAAAGCAUCAACUUUAUGAUGUUUGUACAGAAUUUCUGCAAAAGAUUUAUACUUUGCCAAACAUUGAGAUUCAAGAAGCAUUUUUGAAAUUGAGAGAACAAGCAAAAUGUCAUUAUCAAAAUAAUGAAAUAAACCAAGCUCUAGAUGUUAUAAUUAAUACAAAUUUGCACUUUUUCAGCUCACAACAAAAGGCAGAGUUUCAUACUUUACAAGGAAUGAUUUAUCUUAAAUCCAACCGGGACUCAGAAGCCAAUGAAUUAUUUUCCACGGCCGUGACAAAUGAUAUGCGCCUCCCAAAGGCUUGGGCUGCAUGGGGCUAUUACAAUGAUCGCAAAUAUAAGGAAAAACCUAAUGAAAUUAUCUUUGCCAUAUAUGCAUUAACUUGUUAUUUACAAGCUGCAAGUCUUUAUAAUUCAGCUAAAUCUAGAAAGCUAGUAAUUCGUAUCUUAUGGUUAUUAUCUCUUGAUGAUUCACAAGGAACAAUGUCGAUUGUUUUUGAAACAUUUUUCAAUAAAACUGAAGUUCCUGUAUGGUAUUGGAUAACUUUUAUACCACAACUUAUCAUAUGCCUUAUGCAUAAAGAGGCGAAACAUGCUCGCACAAGAGAAGAAUAUUUGCUGGUGAAAAAACAAGUAGCCAUUGCUCAAACGCAUGCUCGUGCAGUACAAUUAUCAUCAUCUAUUGCCAAUAAUCCAGGAACAUCAACAACACAAUCAGCAACCCCUAUAAUUUCUUCAACAUCACAGGUAGGUUCUAAUAUUACAAACAUGGGAAAUGUACAACGACCAGCUCCACAAAAUGUUGGACAAAGUAACUCUAAUAGAGGAAGCCCUGUUCAAAUCAAUACUCAUGGGGUUAAUUUCAAUCAGUCAAACCCAAUGUCUUCUCAACCUCAAAGUCCUGCUAUACAAGGAGCAACCAUUCUAAAUAUGUCGACUCCUUCCAAUAAUAUUCCAGCACAAAAUAUACAAAACACUAAUUCUUUGCCUAAUGCUACUAAUUCUUCAAGUAAUAUGCAAGGUCAUUUACCAACAACUGUUGAACCAGGAAGGUCACCUAUUGCACAAACACCUGGAAUGAGUCCAAUUCAUCAUCAUGUCUUGACAAAUAUUCCAACUACACCGCAAACUCAACCCAUAGUGAAACAACCAUGGGAACAUGUUGAAGAUAUAAUGUCUACUUUAAAAACAUCGUUUCCUUUACUGGCUUUGACAAUGGAAACCAUGGUUGAUCAAAUUCAACAACGUCUUAAGCCAAACUCAGAUGAAGACAUUUAUAGAUUGAUUGUUGCACUUUUAAAUGAUGGUUUACAGCAAAUAACAAAUAGAUUGACUCAAAAUCAUGAUAUUGGAUCACUUACACAAACAACAGAAAUGAAUGUCAAAAGAUUUGCUGAUAAUCUAAGUGCUGGUCCGAUAAAGACUGCCUUUGAAGAAGAUUUCAUUAAAAGAAAGCCAAAUUUCAUGCAAUAUGUUGAAAAUCUUCGUAGAUGGAGAGACAAAUUUGAAGUAAUAUUGGAUAGUAAACCACGCAAGCUACAUCUAGAAUAUUUUAGUGCCUACUUGGUUGAAUUUCAACAUCAGAAAUUUGAAGAAGUGGAAAUCCCUGGACAGUAUUUAUUGCUCAAAGAUAACAAUAAUUCGGAUUUUGUUCGUAUUGAUCGUUUUAUGUCAGAAAUUGAAAUAAUUCGAUCUCAUGGUUUUUGUUAUCGAAGGCUUACUAUACGAGGACAUGAUGGUAGUCUUCAUCCAUUUGCAGUUCAGUAUCCAUCAGCAAGGCAUAGUCGGCUUAGAAUAGUACAGGAUGAUCCAUCAUAUUGUUCAUUACAAGAUAUUUAUGAAGAUCAUUGUGAUAAUAUCAGAAUAUCAAAAGAUGAACCCAUUAUUUAUUUUAUUAAUAAAAUGAGAUCCAAUAUAAGCCGUACAUCAACGAGAAAAGACGCCAUUAAUCUCAAAGUUGAGAUUGCAAGAAACAUUCAAUCAAAGUAUAUACCAAGUGAUGUUUUAAUAAAGUACUUUGCCAAAACCAUCAAAUCACACGAGGAACUUUGGUCAUUUAGAAAACAUUUUACUUCACAAAUGGCUGCUGUAUCUUUUAUGACAUAUAUUAUGUGUGUUGGUCAGAGACAUCCACAUAAAUUUUUGAUAUCUCGAAACACUGGCAAUAUUUGGUCAAGUGAAUUGAUUCCAAGUUUUGCACAAGGUGUUCCAAUGCUUCAAAACCAGGAAUCUGUUCCUUUCCGAUUAACUCGCAGUAUACAACAAUUUAUUACACCAAUUGGUUUAGAAGGAAUUUUUUCCUCAGCAAUGCUGGCUAUUGGUCGAUGCUUAACUGAACCGGAGUUUGAUUUAGGCCAAUACUUGAGUAUUUUUAUUAGAGAUGAGUUGAUCACUUGGCAUUAUAUAAGUCAAAAACACACUAAUGAACAUCUACUUAGACAAAAAAUUUUAGAAACAGUUGAUCAAAUUGUUAAUAAAGCAAAGAUGAUAGGAAAUGUUGACAAUAAUAAUCAUGAUAAGCAACAGAAUGGCAACAAGUCAAUCUAUAGUCCAAUUACAAAUUUAAUAGCAAUGGCAAGCAAUCCACAAUAUUUGGCAAAUAUGGAG